AAUCAACCCCAGCAGCCUCACCCUCACCCUCACGGCAAAUGGCGAUUCCACGACACCCAAACCCAGCGUUACGGUCACACGCACAGCAGCAGCAAACACCAGGGAGACGCCAACUGGGCGCAGAUCGUGCGUGGACACUGCGUCGCACGGCAGCAGACUCCUAGCUGUGGGACGCACUCACCCGGAACGGGUCUCAACUUGUGGGCCACCAACCACCGAGAAAUAUUCUGUUUAUUUGGACGGAGAACCUCUGAAGAAACUGCCGCCCCGCCGAGGCAAAACGACGCAGGGGUCGCGAGCCGGCAGCCCACAGCUCUUGUCCAGUCGUCGCCGGCUCCUCGACCCUCAUCGCAGUUGCCGCCCCCGCGGUUGGCGCGUUCCCCCCGAUGGUCGCCCCGCUCUCCCGAGUCCUCGCCGCCCUCCUCGUCAUCGGCCUCCAUGUCCACGCCGCCCACGCUCUCUCAGGGUACCAGAUAAACUGCGGCGCGCGCGGCGAGCGCGUGGCCGGCAACGUGACAUGGGUCCCGGACGGGCCGUUCGUGCGCGCCGGCAACGCCGCCGCCGUCCCGUCCCCGCCGCCCGGGAUGCCGCCGAUGCUCGCCUCGCUCCGCUACUUCCCGGACGCGUCCGCCGGGAAGCACUGCUACGUGCUCCCCGCCGCGAGGAAGGCCACGUACCUGGUCCGCACCACGUACUACUACGGCGGGUUCGACGGCGGCGACAGGCCGCCCGUGUUCGACCAGAUCAUCGAGGGCACGCGGUGGAGCGAGGUCGACACGGCGGCCGACUACGCCCGCGGCCGCGCCACCUUCUUCGAGGCCGUCGUGCGCGCCACCGGCCGGCAGGUCAGCGUGUGCCUGGCCAGGAACGCGGCCACCGCGGCCACGUCCAGCCCCUUCAUCUCCGCGCUCGAGGUGGUGCCGCUGGACGACUCGGUCUACAACGCCACCGACUUCUCCUCCUACGCCCUCAGCACCAUCGCGCGCCACAGCUUCGGCCACCACGCCGACGUCCUCAGCCAUCCAGAUGCAGGAGAUGAGUUCAACCGGUACUGGGAGCCGUACAGCGACGGCGCCCCGGUGGUGGAGAGCCAGGGGAGCGUGGCGCCGGCGGCGUUCUGGAACAAGCCACCGGAGGAGGUGUUCCGGCGAGGACUGACGGCCAGCCGCGGGGACACCCUCGAGCUGCAGUGGCCGCCGGCGCCGCUGCCCAAGGCCAGCUACUACCUGGCGCUCUACUUCCAGGACAACCGGGCGCCGAGCCCGCUCAGCUGGAGGGUCUUCGACGUCGCCGUCAACGGCCAGGCCUUCUUCGCCGGCCUGAAUGUCUCGACGGCGGGGUCAAUGCUGUACGGCGCCGCAUGGCCUCUGUCCGGGCAGACCAAGAUCACGCUGACGCCCGCCCCGGGGUCGCCGGUCGGGCCGGUGAUCAACGCGGCGGAGGUCAUGAUGGUUGUUCCGCUCGGAGGGAGGACGCAUCCUAGAGAUGUGAUCGGCAUGGAGGGGCUCGCGAGAGGCUUCGCCAACCCGCCGUCGGACUGGAGCGGCGAUCCUUGCUUGCCCGUGGGGAACUCGUGGACCGGUGUUUCCUGCAGCCAAGGCGCACUUGCUCGAGUAACUGCUCUCAACCUCACCAAUUUCAGUGUUGAAGGGUCGAUAUCUGACCACAUUGCUAAUCUGACUGCAAUCUCCAGUGUCUGGCUUGUGGGGAACAAUCUGACAGGACAAAUUCCAGUUAUGAGCUCCCUGCAUCAUUUGGCAUCUCUGCACCUGGAGGACAACCAAUUGGCAGGGCCGAUUCCUCCGUCGCUCGGAGAACUUCCAAGACUUCAGGAGCUGUUUGUGCAGAACAACAAUUUACAGGGCAACAUUCCGAUCGGCCUCAACAGAACGAGCAUUACAUUCAAGUACACACCUGGGAAUAACCUUAACCAACAAUAACGUCGCAAGGAACAGAACAUCAGAUGUUCAUGGGAUAGUGAGAAGCCAUCGACAGACAACAGUGUGAGAAUGAGUACUGCACAUGCAUAUCUAAUUGGCAGAAGACAAUGUUGGCUUAUUUCUCUUUCGGUAUUGCCAAUGUUUUUGUUCUUUCUUGAAUUUUUUUGGGAGACAAAGGUGUUACUAUUGUAUAUGCCAACUGUACACUAUGAACUUCGUCGCACUUGAUUCCAUUUAUUUAUGUGUAUAUGUAAAUUUGUAAAUUUGUUAGAGAGGCAAUCAUGAAGAUAAUAUGCUUUUUUUUAUCAA